AUCUUGGUUGAUCCACGAAUGAGAAAACAAGAAUGGUGAUCACUCUCUAUUGUUAUGCGAAAAAGCGAUCACGGUUGUAGCAGUUGACAGUGAGUUCUGAGGCACACAGAAACAACCACGAUUUACACCAGCCAAAUUCUGAGGCUGAAACAAAUACACACAAAUAGGAAUUAGGGUUCCAAUCGUGUGGUAUUCGCUCUUCUCCUUCAUUUCCAUUUUUCUUUUUCUUUUACAUUUGUUUCAGAAUCGUCAAGUAUCGAUUCGUCGGUGUAUUGAUAGCGUGUUGUCUUUUGCGGAAGGAAAAAGUGUUUCAGUUUCAUAUACGUAACACAGAAGGCAAAGCGUGGUUAUCUUAAGUAAAGAAGAAGUUAAACGUUGUCUGUGCUAUCAUACAAAAGAAUGUCAGUAACCACCAUUACAGCAUCCACAAACAGUAGUAUAGGUGGCUCUGCCAAUGCUUCAAGGAGGCAUUUGAGACUGAAGAGAAGCCACCUAAUUUUUGGGACUGAAAAAAGAUUUCUUCUGCACCAAUGUGUACAAAGCAUCCCAUUUAUGAGCCCCUCAGAUAUCUCUAGACGGCAACACACGAGGGUUGAAGCAGGUUGGCUUUUUAAAGGAGGAGGUAACCAGGGUUCAGAUGCGAGUUCAGAGCGUAGUGAUAGCACCAACGAGGAUAUACUGAUAUUCUUUUACCAGUUGGAUUUGGCAACUAGAGUACAGUACGCGUUAAAUUUGGAGGAGUAUGAUAUUGCAAAACAAUUGAGAAACAAGCUCAAUGAGGUUGAAACUGAAGUUAUCAAGCAGCAAGAAACGAAGAGGGGUUUAUCUUCAAAAAGUGAAGCUCAAGACAAGGGUAUAAGCAUCUUGCGAUUGCGAGCAGACCUGCAGAACGCAAUCGAAAAUGAAAACUAUGCUCUGGCAGCUGAAAUACGUGAUCAAAUUUCCAAGGUAGAGGCGGAUUCAUUGGCUGCAUCGAUAAAAGCCCAAGCUUUCCAAAAAGCUCAAUUUGAGUUUCGGUUAGGCCAGAAAGUGAGGCACAAAAAGUUCGGAUACAGAGCUGUGGUUUGUGGAAUGGAUCCAGUUUGCUGUGAAACAAGCUCGUGGAUGGAAAGUGCACAUGUUGACCAGUUAACUCGUGGUCCUGAUCAACCGUAUUAUCAGGUCUUGGUUGAUGUACAUGAAGACCCCAAUCUAUUGGUAGCAUAUGUUCCAGAGGAAAAUUUACUGGCCCCCGAAGAACCAGAUAAGGCUAGGUUUGAUCAUCCAUACACUUCCUUCUUAUUCUACGGUAUGGAUUCAGCUGGAGACUUCAUUCCCGUGAAGCAGCUGCGCGAGAAGUACAAUAGACCUAGACACGAGGUGCCAUAUGAUGGACAAGAUGAGAGGAGGGGAGAUGAUGAUGCUUGAACAGAUGUAAUCCAAGCUGUUGAUGUGAUCUCGCUGAAAAUGCAAAUCAUAAUGGUUUGUAUAAAUAGAAUGCAUGUAUAUAUAGAAUGUUUGUUGUUCGGUUGAGGAUGGUUUCUUGUUGUCUUUGAAGAUUAACAAGUUGAAUGUUGGCAUUUUCAUAUUGAACUCAUGAUUGUGGUGUCUUU